AUGCUUGACGAGGUGGAGAUGUGGAGGAUGAAGAAACUUCUUCGAAAUCUUCGUGAUAGUAGGGGAAACGGAACGUCGAUGAUAUCUAUUAUUAUUCCGCCUAGGGACCAGAUAUCAAGGGUCUCGAAGAUGCUUACCGAUGAAUAUGGAACAGCAUCGAAUAUAAAAUCCAGAGUGAACAGGCUGAGUGUUCUUGGAGCAAUAACAUCUGCACAAUGCAAGCUUAAGCAGUAUACGAAGACACCGCCAAACGGGCUUGGGAUAUUUGUCGGAACUGUUCUGAUGGACCAGAACAAGGAGAAGAAGGUAAGUGUGGGGAUAGAGCCGAUAAAGCCUGUGAAUACGUCGCUGUAUAUGUGCGAUUCAAAGUUCCAUGUUGAUGAUUUGCUUUCGCUUUUUGAGGAUGAGCUGAAGUACGGGUUUAUUGUGAUUGAUGGACAUACAACGAUGUUUGCAACUCUUCAGGGGAAUAUGAAGACUAUUCUACAGCAAAUCCACGUGGAUCUUCCGAAGAAGCAUGGGCGAGGAGGGCAGUCCUCGGUGAGGUUUGCACGUCUCAGGGUUGAGAAGAGGAAUGCGUAUGUCAAGAAGGUGGCCGAGAUAGCUGUGAACUUGUUUCUGACAAAUUGCGUGAUGAAUGUAGAGGGCAUAAUUCUUGCAGGGCAGUCUGAUCUGAAGAACGAGCUGGCUCAGGUGCUUGACAGUAGAAUAGGGGUGAUUAAGUCUGUCGACACAAACUACGGGGGAGAGGGCGGACUGAAUCAGGCAGUCGAGCUGUGCGAGGAUGUUCUCAAGGAUGUGAAGCUUUCGAAGGAGAAGAAGGUGAUACAGGGCUUUCUGAACGAAAUAAACACAGACAGUGGGAAGUUCUGUUUUACAAUGCGAGAGACGAUGCACUGCCUGGACAUGGGUGCGGUUGAGACACUGAUUGUCUACGAGAAUCUCCCUGAUGUGAAGGACGAGGAGAUGUUUGUUGAUUGGAUUGCAGAGAACUACAAGGGCUUUGGCUGCACACUUGUGUUUGUGAGUGACAAAAGCUCUGAAGGGACGCAGUUUGUGGAAGGAUUUGGAGGAAUAGGCGGGAUUUUGAGGUAUAGGGUUGAUGUUGACGACCACUUGGAAGAUGAUUACUCAUCGGUUGAUGACGAUGAGAUAUUCUAG